AUGGGUUCCAUGUUCUCUUGUCAGACUGAACUAGUGAACCUUACCGAUGAGAUUUUAGAAUUAAAAGAGUGUCCAGCCGGAGAUUCAGAGGGCGAAUAUGCUGACCCGAUUCAACUGCUGCCUCAAAAGCGCAGGCGGAUCAGGUCAACGGGGUUCCAUCGUCAUUCGGUGGACUCUGGUCGUUGA